UAAUAUUUUGUUAAUCAACCAUAUCCAUAAUUGUAAAAUUUAUGGCCCACCUUUUCCUAUAUAACUACAACACCAUUAUGAAUAAAACAUCGAAACGUUGUUGCAUUGCUGCCCAUUAGCGUCCAAUUUAGCACUCUUCAGUUGCAGGUUUUAAGGAAUUAAUUUCAUCAAUGGCAGAUGGUAGUGAUAAUACCUUUCAACUUAGUGUUAAGCAGAGCGAACCAACUCUGGUUCCUCCUGCAGAGAACACAGAGAAGGGUCUUUACUUCCUUUCAAAUCUUGAUCAGAACAUUGCAGUGAUAGUUCGUACUAUUUACUGCUUUAAGUCUGAUGUCAAAGGGAAUGAAGACGCAGUGGAAGUUGUCAAGAAUGCUUUAUCAAAAGUUCUUGUUCACUACUAUCCUCUUGCUGGGAGGCUAACGAUUAGCUCGGAAGGGAAGUUGAUAGUCGAUUGCACUGGAGAGGGUGCCGUUUUCGUCGAAGCUGAAGCAAACUGUGCCAUAACUGAGAUUGGAGAUAUCACAAAGCCUGACCCUGUUGGGAAGUUGGUUUAUGAUAUUCCGGGUGCACAGAACAUACUUCAGAUGCCCCUUGUGGUUGCUCAGGUGACUAGAUUCAAAUGUGGAGGAUUUGUUCUUGGACUAAGCGUGAACCACUGUAUGCUCGAUGGAAUUGCUGCAAUGGAAUUUGUGAAGUCAUGGGCUGAAACUGCAAGGGGCUUGCCUUUGAAGGUCCCUCCGUUUAUUGAUAGAAGCAUACUAAAAGCACGCAACCCACCUAAGAUAGAGUUUCCACACCAUGAAUUUGCUGAGAUCGAAGACGUAUCAAAUACCAGCAAGCUUUAUGAAGAAGAAAUAACUUUUAGAUCGUUCUGUUUUGAUCCUGAGAAGCUUCAAAAACUAAAGAAAAAAGCCAUGGAAGAUGGAGGUGUAGCCAAGUGCACAAAAUUUGAAGCUCUUUCAGCUUUUGUUUGGAGAACUCGAUGUCAGGCAUUAAGGAUGCUUCCUGAUCAACAAACAAAAUUGCUGUUUGCUGUAGAUGGACGCUCUAGAUUUGUGCCACCAAUACCUUAUGGGUACUUUGGCAAUGGAAUUGUCUUAACAAAUUCUUUGUGUAAAGCGGGAGAGUUGGUGGAUAAUCAUCUGUCUUUUGCAGUAGGGCUUGUUCAGGAGGCAGUUAAAUUGGUUGACGACAGUUAUAUGAGAUCGGCCAUAGAUUACUUUGAAGUUACUAGAGCCAGACCUUCACUUGCUGCAACACUUUUAAUCACUGCUUGGUCUAGGUUAUCUUUCCACACUGCAGACUUGGGGUGGGGAGAGCCAAUUUUAUCAGGGCCUGUUGGUUUGCCAGAGAAGGAAGUAAUUCUUUUCCUUUCUGAUGGGAAAGAGAUGAAAAGCAUAAAUGUGCUUCUGGGUUUGCCAGCUUCUGCCAUGAAAACCUUUGAAGAAUUAAUGCAGAUCUGAACAAUCAUACGCAAGACAUCAAGCUAAAGGAGUAGUUGCUUGAUCUUACUAUAUUUGCUGCUGUUUUAAUUAUUUAAAUGGAUAAUCUGUCAUGUGUGUUUUAUGAGUUGUGGUGAAAUAAGAAUAAAAUAGUGAAUUUGGUUGAUGAUCCAACAGUAAAAUGAGAUCAUCCUUCAAGACUACUGAAGUAUGUAUUUAUCACUAAAUUCAACGUCCCAAUAAAAAAUCUCAUCAAUUGUUUGUUUAUUUAC